AUGGCUACCUUAAAUUCAGCACCACCCCUCUUGCGUUUUUCAUCUAGGAGGUCUUCAUCUUUGGCAACCCAUUUGAGUUUUGGCCAUUCUGGGAAAUCCCAGCUGGGAUUUGUGUCCAGAAUCUCACCAACAAAGUUGCAAUGGAAAGGUAGAGAAGAGGAGUGGCAGAAGAAGAGAAAGGCACAAUGGGGUGUGAGGUGCACUGCAGAUGGCAUAGAAGGGGAGAUGUUUGUGAGAGGUAGAGAAGAAGGUGUAGGUGUUAGCAUCCCAGAGAGGUUGAAGGUGGUGUCUUUGGUUGCAUGUGUCAUGUGUCUGUGUAAUGCUGAUCGUGUGGUUAUGUCUGUGGCUAUUGUUCCUCUGGCUGAUAAACAUGGCUGGUCCAAUUCUUUUCUUGGCAUUGUUCAGUCAUCUUUCCUGUGGGGUUACAUAUUCUCCUCGGUGAUUGGAGGAGCUUUGGUAGAUAAAUAUGGAGGAAAGAGGGUGUUGGCCUGGGGUGUGUUUUUAUGGUCUUUGGCAACUCUUCUCACACCUUUGGCAGCCAACCACUCCAUAGUGAGCUUGUUGGCCAUUCGUGCUGUCUUUGGAUUGGCUGAAGGAGUGGCUAUUCCAUCCAUGAGCACUCUUUUAUCAAGGUGGUUUCCAACUAAUGAGAGGGCAAGUGCACUUGGAAUGUCAAUGGCUGGAUUUCACCUAGGCAAUGUUGUAGGCUUGUUGCUGACACCAAUUAUGCUGUCCACUAUAGGAAUUUCAGGUCCUUUCCUCUUAUUCUCAUCCCUUGGGUUGCUCUGGGUGAUGACAUGGGCUUAUCGAGUCACAGAUGAUCCUAUGGAAAGUAAUUUUAUCAGCAGAGCAGAGCAAAGGGUAAUCCAAGCUGGGAAAACUGGUUCACCAAAGAAAAGUAACAAGUUCCCACCAGUACACCUACUGUUAUCAAAAUUACCAUCAUGGGCUAUAAUACUUGCCAAUGCAACUAAUAACUGGGGUUACUUUGUUCUCCUCUCAUGGAUGCCAGUUUAUUUCAAAAGCGUAUAUAAUGUGAACUUGAAGCAGGCUGCUUGGUUUAGUGCGGUUCCAUGGGCAACAAUGGCUAUGUCGGGUUGUCUAGCUGGUGUUGCAUCAGACUUCUUAAUCAACGCAGGGUACCCCACAAUAUUUGUCCGGAAGUUUAUGCAGACCAUUGGAUUCAUCGGUCCGGCAGUGACCUUGCUCUGCUUGAAUUAUGCCAAUACACCCACCAUUGCUGCAACACUCUUGACUAUUGCUUUGAGCCUGAGUUCUUUCAGCCAGGCUGGCUUUAUGCUUAACAUACAAGAUAUUGCCCCUCAAUAUGCAGGAAUUCUACAUGGAAUCUCAAAUUGUGCUGGAACUAUAGCAGCAAUCAUAAGCACAAUUGGAACUGGUUAUUUUGUACAGUGGCUGGGAUCAUUUCAGGCAUUCUUAACUGUAACAGCUGGUGUCUAUAUUGUGACAACUAUUUUUUGGAAUCUUUUUGCCACAAGCGAGCAAGUUCUGUGA